GCUCAGUCGGGGGGCGGCGGCGGCGGCGGCUCCGGGGAUGGCGGCGCCGCUGCUGCUGCUGCUGCUGCUCGUGCCCGCGCCGCUGCUGCCGCUGCUGGCCCAGGGGCCCGGGGGGGCGCUGGGGAACCGGCAUGCGGUGUACUGGAACAGCUCCAACCAGCACCUGCGGCGAGAGGGCUACACCGUGCAGGUGAACGUGAACGAUUAUCUGGAUAUUUACUGCCCUCACUACAACGGCUCGGGGCCGGGCCCCGGGGGCGGGGCGGAGCAGUACGUGCUGUACAUGGUGAGCCGCGCCGGCUACCGCACCUGCAACGCCAGCCAAGGCUUCAAGCGAUGGGAGUGCAACCGCCCGCACGCCCCGCACAGCCCCAUCAAGUUCUCGGAGAAGUUCCAGCGCUACAGCGCCUUCUCGCUGGGGUACGAGUUCCACGCCGGACACGAGUACUACUACAUCUCCACGCCCACCCACAGCCUGCACUGGAAGUGUCUGAGGAUGAAAGUGUUUGUCUGCUGCGCCUCCACAUCGCACUCCGGGGAGAAGCCGGCCCCCACCCUCCCCCAGUUCACCAUGGGCCCCCAUGUGAAGAUCAACGUGCUGGAAGACUUUGAGGGAGAGAAUCCCCAGGUGCCCAAGCUUGAGAAGAGCGUCAGCGGGACGAGCCCCAAGCGGGAACAGCUGCCCCUGGCGGCGGGCAUCGCCUUCUUCCUUAUGACCCUCCUGGCCUCCUAGCUCCGCCCCCUUCCUUGGCGGGGAGGCCUCGGGCAGGGAAGGGGCGGAGAGA